AUGACCAAGGAGGAGAUCGAGGAAAAUCAUCAAGAAAGGAGCAAAUAUUUCCCAUAUAAGAGAUGCUACAAAUGUAGCAGGACAUAUCACUUGAAGUCCACAUGUCCUGAAGCUCAUGCUCUUACCAGAAGGAUGAUAUAUCAACAGAGAAAUUCCUUAAAAGCUGAGCCAUAUCUCCUCGAGCUAAGUGAUGAAACUGAGCAUCCAAGUUUAAAUACAAAGAUUUCAGGAAGAAAAAUAAAUAGUGUAAAAAGGAGAAGACCGUAUCAAACUUCUAGAACUUGGUGUGAAAGAAAAGCUGGAAAUGGAUACGAAGAAGAAGAGAUAUUCAAAACCUUCUUUGUAAAAAUUGAAGGUGAAAAACUAAUGAUGUUUGAAUACAAUGUCACUCAGAAUGUCAUGACAUUGCAUUAUGAGAGGGGUACUGAUGUGUCAAAGAAGACCACCCAACUCAUCGGAACCAAGCACAUGGAUACUACAUGUUAUUCCCCAAGGAACCUUGCAGUUAACAAAGUUUUUACCAUGAAGAAUGGAACUUCUAAGCUACCAAGUGGAGACAUCCUUCCUGAGAAUCUAAGCACUCUCCAUGUUGAAAUCUUGAAGAACAAACUAGACGCUCCUAAUGCCCCCAUUAACCCUACUGAGAUUCUUGAGGUCACCCCUUUGCAGAUGGUAACUCCUUUCGAUCUCGUGGAAAAACGACCCAAAACAAUGCAUGCACGAAAAACCAAUGAGAUUGCAAGAAGACCUAGAAAUCCCAACUCUGAUCAGAUUUCUCAAUCGUAUUUCCCUCCCUCUAGGGAAGAACCAACCAAAGAAGACUCAAGGUCUAAUCACAUCUCCAUUGUCAAAAUUGUUACCCAAAUCCUAAAUGAGAACAAUGUUACAUCCAGGAUCCCUGAUCCUGGGAAUCCUGUGUUUCCUGAGUCAAAUGUCAUUGGGCAUGUUAGUGACACUGCUGGCACCUAUGUCCCAGCAAAUAAUGAUAAGAAUGCAAAUACUAAUGAAGGCAUUGAUGAAAUGAAUGAGAAUGUGCAUGUGAGUGACAAUAAAAGAAAUGAUGGAGUAAAAGUCACUCUUGGUCAGGAUGAUGUUAGCAUUGAUCACAUUGAAAUUCCUGAUGGUGCUGAGUAUGGUCAAACUAAAGAAAAAGAACCAGAGAAGACUCGGACUGACAAAGUAAUCAACCUUGAUGAUCUCUCUGAUGAUGACCUGGUUGCUUCCAUCAAUCCAAGCAUAGCCAGAAGGCUAAUGAGGAGGAAAGGAAAGCAAGCUGUAGGUGAGGACUCUCAGAAGAAGAGGGCAGUGGCUAAGCCCGUUUCUGUCGGACCAAAGAAGCCAUGGAGCAAAGUGGUGCCUAAGAAAAGAAAGGCCAGAAGCAGUUCUAAGAAUGAGUCAGAUUCUAAUGUUGCUGCGGAUGUCAAUGACAUUCAUCCCAAGAAGAAGGUCUCUACUAGCAAGCUUGCUGCUAGUGUUCCUGAAGUACUUAUUGAUAACAUUUCCUUUCAAUAUCCCUCCAGUGUACUUAGAUGGAAAUUUGUCUAUCAGAAAAGACUGGCCUUAGAGAGAGAACUUGCUCAGAAUGCUCUUGAGUAUGAAGAGAUUAUGAAUCUUAUUCAUGAGGCUGGUCUAAUGAAGACUGUGACUCAACUCUCUAAGUGUUAUGAAGUCCCGGUGAAGGAGUUCAUUGUGAAUCUUCAUGAAGACUGUGGCAAUAAGGAAACUGAGGAUUAUUUAAAAGUGUUUGUCAGAGGAAAAUGUGUUAACUUCUCGCCCACUAUGAUCAACAAAUUUCUGGAAAGGUCAAAUGAUGUUCAACGAGAGUUGGAAGUGUCUGAUAAUCAAAUGUGCAAAGAGAUUACUGCUGGUCAAGUGAAGACCUGGCCUGUCAAAGGGAAGCUGACUGUGAGCAAACUAAGUGUGAAGUAUGUUAUACUUCACAGGAUUGGAGCUGCCAACUGGGUGUCAACUCAACACAAGUUUACAAUUUCUGCUCUCCUAGAUUUUGUGUGCAAAAGAGCAAGCCCUUUACUCUUUCAUCAUAAGCUCUUUCAAGGAACUCAUGUUUAUGAUGUUAACACAACAUCAGCUGGACCAUCCAAAGAGAGCACAAUUAUGAGUAAAGCUGCCAUGAUUUCUAUGCUCCGAGAGACCUGUAAGGAGCUGGAGUCUAGAAAAUUGGCUCUUGAAAUAUUGAUCAGCUCCCUUGAAACGAAUGAAAGUGCUAAGUCUGCAGAUACUGAUGUGGAGGAACAGGGUGAAGAUGAUGGUGGAUCAGACAGUGAGAUUGAGAAAGAAGCCAGUCCUGAUGAUGGCACUGAUAAAAGUAUAGAACACAGUAGCUCUGAGUUUGAAGACUAA